AAUUUAUUGUGUCAACAGUUGUUCAAGAUGAUGUUUCUUCACUUAAUUAUUUUGGGAUUAAUUUGUGUGACAGAAAUUUCAGCAGUUGCUGAAGACACGCUUAAAGAAAUAUUCUUGUCGAUGAUUAACGAUUGUCAGAUUCAAGAGAAAGGGACUCGUGAUGAUUCUGUGUCGGUGCUUGCUGGUAAAAUAGAAACUCCUGAAGCCAAAUGCUUGGUCACUUGCAUUUAUGAAACACUUGGAAUUCUCUCAAAAGGUGUAGUGAAAAAGCCUUCAUUCAUGCAAGCUGGCAAGAUGAUUUUCAAAGGCGACCCCGAAAAAAUGAAAAUUGUUAGCAAAACUGUUGACACUUGCAAAUCAAUCGCCGGUGAACGUUGCCAACAAGGAGCAAAUUUUCACAAAUGCGUUGUUGAUACUUAUGCUGCUAAUGGAGUCAUGUUAGACAUGAGAGUCGUGCAAUUGUUUAUUCUGAGUGCUAUUUGCCUAUACAAAGUUUCAGCAGUAUCUCAAGAUAAUGUGAAAGAAAUAUUCAUGUCGAUGUUGACCGAUUGUAAAGUUCAAGAGAAUGGAACUGAUGACGAUAUGGCUGGGGUACUUGUUGUUAAUUUUAAAGCUCCUACAGUCAAAUGCAUGGUUGCAUGCAUGUAUGAAUCAUUUGGAAUUCUGAAGAAAGGCACAUUCAAGAAGAACGCGUUUAUGCAAGGUUCAAAGACGAUUUUCCAAGGAGAUCCUGAGAAAAUGAGAAUAUCUGCCAUUGUAGCAGACAAAUGCAAUGGAAUAUCGGGAGAGCGCUGUGAACAGGCAACAAAUUUAUUUUUAUGUGUUCAUAAUAGUUACAGUGCUAAUGGAGUCAACUUAGCUGAAUAUGUCGUUUGAUAAAAUAUAAAAUCGAAGUGAAAUAUUCAAAUUGCUUGUCCAUUUAGAAACGAAUCGAAUUUUAUUUCACAAAAAUCUUAAAAUUUUAAUUCGUGCUGUGAAAAUUCUCAAUGAUUGGUUGCAAUGUGUAAAGUUUGAUCUAUUCAUGACUUCAAUUCUGUUCUUCUGUUGAGCUUCUCUAUUAAUCUAUUCACAAGCAGUGCUAUGACAAUUAUGUAAUUAAUUAAUUGCUUCUCUCAAUUACUAUUUUAAUUAAACAAUGAAUCUAUUAAAUUGUUCGGUUAGCUUUUAGUUCCCCAAGGAAAGCAACAUUUAAAUAAAAUUAUCAAAAGUAAACGUAAAAAUCGUACAAAUUGGUUCAAUUAAAAUUUGGAACGUCUUACAAAGCUCCCAAAAGAAUGUUUAAAAAUGUAUAAGCUUGCUUGACGACAUCUGCAUAGGUUUGCAAGUUCAAUGGCUUAACACCAAGCACUGAAUAUUCCUUUCUACGUUGUGCCAUCAUCAGCAUGAAAAGAAUUUUCUUCUUUGACUUGACACUUUCAAUUUCGUACCAUUUGGAACAAUAAAGAGAUUCUUGAAACUUCUCGCACUAGUAAAAAGAAAGAAAUUUUAAGUAGAAAAUAUAAAUAUGUAUUGAAAAUAAUCAAAGCCCACCAUAGUUGAUAAAAUAUUUCCAAGAAAGCAAUAAUAAAAGAAUUGAAAUGCUCCUGACAUGACAAUCAUC